AUGUCGUCGCGCCUCUUGAAAGACACCAGGAUCUACAUCCAGUCCGCCGGCAGGACUGGGCCAGAGUUCAAAGACGACCUCAACUUCAUCAAGCGGCACUGUGGAAUCACGGUUGCCGACCCUAGGGCCGGAUUUCUCACUCACAUUGUCGUGUCUCUUCCACGCAAGAUGACACCUCGGCGCCAUUACGAUCACGAACUCACAUUCUCGUCCAACCUCCACCCAGCUGAAGAGGGCGUUCACCAUCGCCAGCGCUGGGACUUUGAGAAUCUCGUCGACACGUUUACCUCCGAUCGGCGACCACACAACUCUCCCAUCGUGGUCCAGAUGGAAUCGUGGCCAUCCGCCCAACCCUCUUAUGCCGUGGAUGCCUCGCGUGACCCGCGGCUUCGCAAUCGACCACAGGACGUCAACGACAAGCAAGUCGAGCGGCCCUUCGCUAGGUCGCCUCCGCCACACAUGCAUAUGCACGCUACGGAUAGAUACCGGUCACGCUCUCCCUCACCUUUGCGAAACGAUGGGCGUCGCGACCGCGGCUUGGGACGGUCCUCCUUCGACGAAUAUGGUCGACCAGACCGCCGCGAUACUCAACCAUGGAAUCGCUCACGCGAAGAGCGCGAGUACAAUGAGGGCGGCGGAUCUGGCUCGCACCGUUCCCAUUCUCUCAACUCUCGUCGUUCACCCGUCCCUGGCCCACACCGCGUGUCCACUUCCUCGACAGUCCCAGCCGAGGUCGCCAACGACGUCAACACCAGCCCACUGUUCAGUCCUACAGUGAAUGGUCGUACAGAGGCUUCGACCACAGAUGUGACCGACUCGACAAGUAUCACGGAAGGCGCAUCAUCAGAGUUCCCAGUAGAAACGCUGCGGGCCCGCUUGUCGCGACUCCAUGGCCAGGAAAAACCCAGUGGCCAGGGUUCCCCAUCGGCCGCUUCGAACUCUGAAGUUACUCGCGCCGUUAAUCCGGCCGCUUCGUUGUUGUCUCGACUCCAUGGCGUGCAUCAGCCUAGCAGUAAGGAACCCCAACCACCCACUUCAACCUCCCAGGUUACAAGCUUGGCCAACCCCCCCGCCCCGGCAUCGUUGAUGUCCCGAUUCCAUGCCACAGAACGGCCCAGCAGCAAUGACUCCCCAUCGACCACCUCGAGUUCUCAAGCUGCGAGCUCGGUCACGUCACCGACCUCGUUGAUGUCCCGAAUCCACGGUCUUGAACCGUCCAGCAUCAUUGACUCUCCGCUACCCACUCCGAGUACAGCUACAGGAUUUGUCGAGUCACCAGCCUCGUUAAGGUCCCGAAUCCAAGGCCAUGAACAGUCCGGCAGCAAGGACUACCCAAUAUCCACUCCAAGUCCCACUGCAAGCUUCAUCGAGCGACCCGACUCGUUGAACCCGCCGAAGAACAACAUGAAGACGGCAAUUAUGACAGCUGGUCGGCGCAAGAGUGAUCAGGAACCGGAGAGGCGGCCAGCCCCUGCGCCAUCUCCACGAACGCCAGCCUCGCUCGGCCCUGCUCCCCCCGAUGAUGUCCGCCAGCACGUCCCGCGUCCUCCUUCUGUGCCCCCCUCAUCGUCAUCGGCCGCUUGCUUGCCACCCCAAGUUUCAGUUUCUCCGACCAUCCCGGCGAAGCGUUCACGUCCUCGCAAUGCGUCGCCAGCCGGUGACACCGGACCAGGCGAUGCCCGAGAGUUGCAGCCGCAGUCUUCCUCCACAGGCGAUGAUGGCGUAACCGGGGGUACAGCCAAUGCAGCGCUGUCCACCCUCGCAGGCAGCACAACGCCCCGUGUAUCGGUCAAGAAUGAACCUCAAGAACACCCACUCCCAGCGCCAUCGAGGGUCACCCUUGUCUGCCCGGUUGUAAAGACCGAACCAGGUCUUUCGUCCGGCUCUGCUUGGGCACAUGCGCCUCCUCCAGUGGACCCACCCCUCCUGUCGCCAAUUUCAUCAGGGGCUAUGCCGGCCGUGGACGCCUUUCCGAUCUCGCCAGACCACAUUCAAACCGAAGAUGACGUACCACCAGCCCAGUCAUCCACAGACAUGGACGUCGAAAUGACUGAACCAAGGACAAUACGAGAGACUGAGUCGCCGUUGACCCCUCUGCCGGCGUCAGAUGACCGCGGCACUCGCGCGGUCUCGUCAAGCUUCUCAAGCACGGGACUGGAUAUCUACUCUCCAUCUCCAGUGGCAUUGCCGGACUUAGAGAAGUUAGGGGAUCGCGCGACCUCGUCCCGCUCUUCAAGCGCGGGAGUGGAUGUCCAGUCCUCCUCCUCAGUGGCAUUUUUGGGCUCAAAGGGAUUCGACAAUCGCGUGACUCCGCCCAGCUCCUCCAGUACGGGAGUGUAUGUCAUGUCCUCCUCGCCAGUGGCACUCUUGAGCUCAGAGCCGAUUAGCAAUAGUGCAAACAUUCCCAGCUCCUCAAGCACAGCCGAGGAUGUUGAGUCUCACACUGCAGUCGUACCACCUGUCCUUCCCACACCCGAGGCCGUGCCCGCUCCAGUGGUCCCAAUACAGCCCCUAGUCACCGAGGCCGUAGCAGUCCCUCCUCCCGCAGCACGUCCUUCCCCUCCACCAAGUACCUCGUCCUUGCCCACACCAAUCUCGCUGCCCGCCAACGGCGCCAUCCCCGCUGCGGGGCCAUCGACAUCACAUCACUCCACGCCGACAAUGGUCGACUCCACGCCGCCCGGCCAGGAUUCUUCAGCCGCCUCGCCAGCAGGCCUCUUCUGUGUUGGCCGAUAUCCACUGCGAUUCCACAUCGUUCAAAGUGUUCCCGUGAUCAAGUUGCUGAUUGACCAAAAUGGUGGCGUAACCGUGGCCCUUCACGAAGCCGAGUUUGUUAUUCUGCCCGUUGCAGUGGGUGAGCAAUUGACAGACCCUACUGUGCGUGGACUGGCCAUGGGUUAUGGUGUUCCCGUCACUGCUCGCGUCGUCUCGAGCGACUGGAUAUACCGCUCCGCUAUGAAGGGUUCCCUCCAACCCCUCGAUUCGUACAUGUGGUCCCGGGUCGACAGGACCACUGCAAUGUCCAAAUCGUUGUCACCGCUUCCUGACGGCAAUACUGUCAAGCGUCGCUGGCCUGGAAAUAACAACGAUCGCCGAAACAGUUCUGGCACGCACGGCGGCUCGAGCUCGAGGACCCGGCAUCCGGUCCAACAGACCGAGUUGGAAAACGAAGGCGAGGACGAACGGGCUGCGCGCGAUCUGGAGAGCGAGGACGACGAGGAACGUCUUCAGCCGCGGGCUGAGUCACCAGGCGACGUGGACAUUGCGCUCGUGGACCAGAAGAGCGUCGACCGUAUUAUCGAACGUCGGAAACAGUGGAACCAGGAAGGCGGCAAGUUCAACUUCCUUCGCGAGGUAGCUCGUAACGACCUCUCAAGAGCGGUUUCGCUGUACCAAAAGUACCAUCAGCACAUUGACUCUCAAGUUCCUGGUCUGUCAAGGUUCUCUCGCCCGCGGAAGCGCACGCGUGUCCUUGGGACCGAUGAGGACUGA